AUGUGCACGAGCGCACAUGUGCGCAAUGCGUUACACUGGAACUUGAAGAAGGAAAUAAAAGAAACCACUCACUUGACCGAUGAAGAAAUAGCAGUGAUCCACAAACGGUUUAACUCUAUUAGCAACAAGGGUAGGUUGGACUACAGAAAUUUUGAAAAGAGUUUAGGUAUCCUAGGUACGAUAAAGAAUGCUUAUUUAUACAGUUCUAUUUUUAAGGCGUUCGACAGGAAUGAUGAUGGGUACCUGGAUUUUUAUGAAUUCUGUGUUGCCAUCAACACGAUGUUGAAGGGGAGUAAACGGGAGAAGGUGAAACUGUCAUACCGUAUUGUGCACGCGGGGGGCAGGGCAUCACAACAUGAUGAUAAGAAGGCGGAUGGUCAAGCGGGUGAUGAAGCUGAUGAGGAGGAAGCGGAGCGAUCAGUCGGCCAAUCUGCCGGCCAAUCUGCCGGUCAAUCUGCCGACCGAUCGGGCGAUCCAUCAUCCAGCCGAACCGCCAGUCGAACCGCGGAGCAGGCCGCCCCAGUAAUAAGAGAUUAUUCAGACUACAUCUCGUAUGAGCAAUUCAAGGAAAUCGUCCUCAGCAUAAACGACAUCAAGAAACAACUUUUGGGAACGGAGGAAAAAAUAUUAGUUAGUCAAAUAAGCUACACGUUCAAGUCACUAAGUAUGUUGUGUGACGAUGGUAAAUACCGUAUGAACCUCAAGUGCUACCGCAAAGCAGUGAAGUGCAACGAAUUUUUGAAGCUCCUUGGCAUCCACAACAAAGUGGCAGAUGCUUUCAUAAGUAGCGAAAUUGAGAAAAAGAAAAAUAUAAUAUCUGGAAGGGGUCGAGUAGGCAAGAACAAUGUCUUCGGUGGAGAUUUUUCUCGGAGAAUGGGUUCUAACCAUAGAGUGAAGUCCUUCUCCGUCUCGACCAAUACACGUCUUUCCGUCGGUAAGGGCUCCGCGUCGUCGCUCUUCACACGAGGUAGGAAAAAGAGAAGCAAUGUCGAGGGGGGGAACACUGGAGGGUAUAGGGGCGGUGUUGAUGAUCCGAAGGAUGUUCGGCAUCUGCACCAGGGGAAUCGCGCGAAGAGGAACUGGUUGGGGAAGUGUCCCGUCGGCCCCCGACUCAGCGACAACAACAAUGGUUGCGAUCCUUUAGAGAGCAUCAUCAUUCAGUCAAACAUCGCAGAAGAAAGAGAAGAAUCGGUAGCAAAACGCGACAACCUAUUCCCGUUGACCGACCCCAAAUCAGGAAAAGAGUUAAGUGGAAAAAAUAAUUAUUUGAAUGUACCCCGUAGUGGUGAUGGGUCUAGAAGGAGUCGAUCUUGUGUCACCUCUGGGGUUGAACCAACAGGAGGUACAGAAGAAGAGGAGGAAUAUCUAAAAAAGGGGAGGAAUAACAACCGUAAUAGGGAGAAUAAUCGAAAUGGACUAAUCAGGGGAGAUGCACAGAAGGUGAAUAUUUCAAAUGAAUCACCCAUGAUGGUGACCGAGAGGAACGACACUGCGAAGCGUGGCAUAGAAUGUUCCUCCAGAAAAAUCAGUUGUAAUGAGCGAAACAAUUCGUAUCUUCAGUCGUGUCAAUCUUCCAGUUUUUACAACAGUGUGAUGAUGGUAGAGGGUGAAAGGGGGGAUGGAAGCCUGGGAAAUUAUGAUCAGUCGGAGAGCAGUUCGCACAUCUGGAACGACCAAUCAGAUGUGGAAGUGGUUAGUCUAUGCAAAGGGUGUCCCGUGGACAGGAGAAAGCGAACUGGGUCGUUGGACGUUGCAGGGGGGGGGAUGUCGAGCGGAACGAGUUCUCCCUCCAGUUGGAUGGCAGUGAGUGGCACCGCCAGGGGGCGGGUUGGGAAAUCCCCUCCCGUUAACAACACCCCUUACAAAUGCACAGUGACACAGAAUCGGGGUAGCGACGGUGCCAUCCAUGAGGACCGUGACAGAGAGAAAGAUGGAGUGGAGAAGGAUUCCGCAGGGCAAAUGCACAAUGGCACAAAGAAACACGAGUGCGAAAUAUUGAAGGCCAUCUUAAGGUUUGAGAAAAAGAAGGAAAACAAAACGUACGUGGAGGAGUACAACGAAUAUGUGAAGGGGUAUGGGAAGUUUGCGGAAGAGCAAGAAGAAGGAUACUUGCUCGAAGUGGACACAUAUUCGGAUGGGAAGGAUGAACUUGAGAAGGAGGUGGAAGAUGGCGGUAGUGCAUAUGGAGACAUUGAAGGAGAGAACAGUGCAGGUAGUGCAAAGGGAAAUCACGCAGAGGGAGAAAUGAAUGUAGAAAGUAGAUGUGUCGAUAACUUUGCCGAAAAACAUGAUAGGGGUAUCAGUGAAAGGAAUAACAUACAAGAGGAUGCAGAGAUAGCUGUUGCCACGGCAAAAAUGACAGAAGUAGAUGCAGCCGAAGGAGUAGAUAAUGCAAAGUAUCUUUGUCGAAAGUACUUUGAGUAUAAGGAAUUUUUAGAACAUUCUAGAUGUCCCAUCUCACAUAGCCACAAUGGUCUGAUGAUGAGUAGCAAUGAUUCUUGUGUGGUUAAGUCUGUCUGUUGUGAAGAUCCCAUAUAUGGGAACCGGGUUAAGGAAGGAAAGUGGGAUACAAGAGAUGAGAAUAAAUCGAGGAUUCUGCUAGAAUUCAGUAGUGAUGUGAUAAGGAAGAAAUUUUAUAUCCCCACAAGCAAUUGCCACUACGUUAUGGUAAAUGAAAAUUUAACAAAGGAGCAGGUGCUCUAUCAUUUAGGUAACAUAGUGGUGGCCACUGAAGAUUAUCUUCGGAAGGAGCGUCAUGGGGGUGGUGACUACAACCGUAUCUUCUUCUUUUUCUUCCAUGUGUUUAAGUAUCAUUUAGGGGGGGAUACAAAAGAGGGGUGCACUUUAGAGAGUGGUCUGGCAAAUCAAGCAGAUGGAUGUGGUAAUAAUACUGCGAUGCCAGAUGCAUGUGCCUCCUCUGUGCAUAGGGACGAGCCGAGCAAUGAGUCUCAAAUGAGUACGAAAAAUUUGAGAGCUAAUAUAUAUUACAACCUUUUGCUGAUGACGCAGAUAGUAAAGUACUUCCUGCACACGAUAACCAUUUCACACAAGUGUUCCUCUUCGUACGACUCUAUUGAAGAGGGUAGCCGUGUAGGUGGAAUGAACGAAGUGAGUGUUCUCUUAAGUCACGCUAGCCAUAUCCUUGCAACCUACUCCAAAGGACCAAACAGAAAUAGGAAGAUAUAUAUUAAUAAGUCUAAUUAUUAUCAUAAGCUAACCAGGAGAGGAAAAUUAUCCGUUUCUUUGAGGCAGAAGAAGAAGAAAAGAAAUUUGCAGAAGAUUUUGGCUGUGUACUUUGGACACGAGAGAUGGGAUCUAGUGAUGAAUAUGAUGAUAGGAAUUCGCUUGUCAGCCAUUAAAGUUUACAACACCAGUAAUAUUAUAGACUUAUUUAAGCACAGAGACGUUCUUGAGUUACCUACAUCUAAUGCCCAACAUAGAGUAGUAUUUAUAAACUACGCCCCGGUGAUUUUUAAACAGAUCCGGAAUUUGUAUGGAAUUAGAUCGAAGGAAUAUAUUUCUUCUGUUGGACCGGAGCAGGUGAUAAGUAAUAUGGUUUUGGGAAAUCUGUCUACGUUGAGUGAGUUACUCUCUGAGGGGAAGAGCGGUUCGCUUUUUUAUUUCACCAGUAACGGCAAGUACAUCAUCAAGACGGUCUGCAAAAACAUACACAAAUUGUCCAGAGCCCUUUUGCCAAAGUAUUACGAACACAUCAGGAGUAAUCCGGACUCUUUGCUUACCCGGCUCUAUGGCAUCCACUGCAUAAAAUAUAAAAACGGAUCUGGAAGAAGCUCGAAGAAAAUAUACUUCAUCGUGAUGAACAACUUUUUCUCCUCCGCGGUGGAAAUUCAUAGGAGAUACGACAUCAAGGGAAGUCUCGUAGGGCGCACAGUGCCCCCGGCCAAGAGAGAAGACCACACCAUCGCUCUCAAGGACGUAGACAUUGAUGAACUAGGAGACAGAAUCAAUGUUGGAGAAAAAAACAAAAAAAGGUUACUCAAAGUCAUAAAGGCAGAUGCAGAUUUUUUAAAAGAAAAUUACCUCCUGGAUUAUUCCCUCCUUUUUGGAAUCCAUUACAAAGACUUGUCUCGUGACUUGGUGAGCUGGAAUGCCAGUCGCACCAAUGAGGUUCGCCAUGUAUUUGAUAAGGAGGGAAAAUGCAUUGCUGCCCGGCCCUUCCAUCAGUGCGACCACGGAGGCAUGAUCAGCAUCGACAAGAAUAAAAUAUUCUUCUUUGGGAUUAUCGACAUUUUUACCAAGUGGACGCUAAAGAAAAAAUUUGAACACACCCUGCGAACAAUACAAAAAUUUGACCGCCAGAACAUUUCCUGUAUCCACCCCAAGGCUUAUGCAGAACGAUUCGCAUCCUUUAUUGAGAAGCAUAUGGAAUAG